UCUAGAACAGCUGGACUGGACGGCCUCGCGAGUUCUCGUGGUAAGGCCGGGGGUUGUGGGGGCCACCACGGGGGCUGGGGUGGGUCUGCCCCUGCUUCUCUUCGUUGUUAUUUUCUUCAGCAGCCAAACACAAGCGGCAGUCACGCUUUUCAACGUCGCUCCAAUUACAUCAACAUUAUCGCCAUUGAUCACCAGGCGUUAUCUGACGGCGACGACGACGAAAACGGACGUUUUAUGGAAGACACGUGACGUAUUAUUGAAACCACACCAGUCUUUGUCGUCGUCGUCGUCGUCGCCGCCAUUGUCGUCAGAUAAUAAUAAGGAAUCAAACGAUUGGAUUGGCUGGAAGGGAGGUGAGGGACAGAUAAUACCUUGGAAUUGGAAUGCUAAAGUUGCUCGUCGAAAAACGGAUCAUAAUUUAUCGAAUUUUGGAACUCAAUUCAAGAGUGGAACAACAACAUUGAGGAUUAGGGGAUUAGAACAAGUUACGGAAUUAAAUCGUGAAAGUGAAGUGAUUGAGGAAGGGGAGAAAGUAGUUGAGGAAGAGGAAAAGGGAAGAACAGGGAAAAGUGAAAGAAAAGUGCAGGUGAGUGGUGAAAUUACAACUUCAGUAGACGUGUUCGUUGGUGAUAGUAGUGGUGUCGAGUGGACUACCGCGAGUACAGUUGCCGUGCCGAUGUCAUCGCUUUCGUAUCCUAGAGAGGCGCAGGGAGCUGGAAGAGUAAGGAUUUAUCUGGGUCCAAAGCAGAAAAGACCCGAGGAGAAAGCUGGCGAUACCAAGGUUACUUUGGAGGAUAAGGAAGCAGAGUCCAGCUCGAUUGCCUCAACAACAACAACAACAACAACAACAACGCAGACUGCCACGACGGAAUUGUCACCACCGACGCGGGACACCUCUAUGGAAGCAUUGAACGUAAGCGGGUAUAUAGUGGUGGUGCUUGUCCUCGUAGUCGGGGCACUCGUAGGUGUCCUGGCCACGGUUUCCCAUCAUCUACAUCACCGACCUGCCUCGAUAUCGAUUUUACAUCAUCAUCAUCAUCACCAUCGUCAUCAUCAUCAUCGCGAGGAGACACUGACAUCAAAUCAACGACGACUCCUCCUCGAGGAUCACUAUCGUCAUCCUGCUACGCCGAUGCUGUCGGUGAGUCCAGGAAUGGAGGUCGGCAGUGGAGGACACGGCGGUCUUGGCGGUGGUCUCGAGGGUGGUCCAGCAGGUGGGGGUGGCGGCGGAGGCGGUGACGGAAUGCAGGAAGCAAUGGUUGCUGCCGCAAGGGAUCGAGCCGUAAGAGCCGGAAGUGUUCGACAAGAUUUGGCCUUGGAUCUUCCUCCGCGGCUUCAACUUCCCGAUGGUGAGGAACGUCCCUAUGGAGCUCAUACGGCUCUUCAUCUUCGUGAUCCCGAACAGGAAAGCGAGAUCUACCAGAAGUGUGUGAGACCACCACCGAAUCGAACGGUAUUCGAUAGCGAGAGUCCGCCACCUUAUAGAAGUCAAUCAGCAUUAUUGGACGCUCCAGAUCGAAUAGUACGUUGUCACAGUGCUGGAAGUUCACUUUUGAGGGUAUUCAGGAAAUUCCCAAAUCCUGGCAAUACGACGACGACGAUGACGACGACGACAACAACAACAACAACGCCGACUGUUGUGGUACCACAACAAAGGAGGCCAACGCUGUCGAAUUAUUCCGAAUCAAGUAGCAAUUUGAGUAAUCUGUCUAGUUUGACGGUGGUGCCUUGCGAGGCCGAUGAGACCCAACAACAGCAACACGUUUGAUCCAUGGCGUUUAUCGGAUUCUCACGAAUCAUGCGAAAUUUCCUCAUGAUGAUCGACAGGCUUAUCUCCUUGAUAAGGAGUUGCUUUUGGACGUCGAAUAAUAAAAAUAGCCAUUGGCGACGAUCAUUUAUCAUUAUCAUUAUUCAACAAAAAUCAUAUGUCGUCGCCAAAUAGCGUCAUCGUCGUCGUUGUGCCUUCGCGUGUUCACGAGGUGCGGAGGAUUCCUCAAGACUGACUACUCGCAAGAGAGAAACUCUUCUCGCACUUUGGCUCGCGUCAUUUGUCCGUGAAAAGAUAUUGACGUUAAGGCAGAUUAGCCUCAAAAGAGAGAAAGAAAGAGAGAUAGAGAAAGAGGGAGGGAAGGAGGGAGGGAGAAAAAAAGUAGGACUUCAGCGAAGGAUUAAAAAGAACCAUCAAAUUUUUGGGAUUAUCGAAAAAAAAAAUUCUAUCAAAAUCUAUCACAAUAAUCCUGGUUCCUUCAAGCAAUCCUAAAGGCCAGUUUCUAGCCAGAUCUCAGAUAAGUCCAAAGUCGUAGUAAAAGAAAAGAUGUUUGAAGUUGUGAUCAAAAAAACGAGCGUUGGUGGAUUAAAGGUGGCAAAAAAAAAAAAAAAAACGCCACCCCCAUUCGGCGAACGGACGAUUCUCGAGUAUCGUAGAAGUUUGUCCUUUUGCGAAAAAGACUUAGUAAAUUAUUUAUUGGCAAUAUUUGCGCAAGAGUUUUUGCGAAAUUGCGAGUAUAUUAUUAUUAUAUAUAAAAAUAUAAAUAUAUAUAUAUAUAAAAAAAAGAAGAAAGAAAGAAAGAAAAAUGACUGGUUGUGGGUGUGACAAAAUCAGUGUGAAAUUUUUUUUUUUUUUUUUUUUUUUUAUUUGCAAAUUUAUAUAGACACACAAAAUAAAUGUCGAUAAAAAAUUUGAAUCGCUGAAAAAAAAAAUAUAGUCGACUGUAAAAUUAUAAUAGUCGAAAAUGAACGCGUUAAUAGAAAAAAUGAAUGUUGAUAGGAAAAAAUGAAUGUUGCUAGGAAAAUGUUUUUUUCUUUUUUUGGAGAGUGAACGAAAUAGGAAUGUUUGUCAAAAUGAGCAAAAAAAACAGUAGUGCCAAGAGCGAAAAAAUUGUAAAUAUUAGGCUAGGUAGUUCAAUAUCAAUAUUAAUAAUAACGACUAAAAAUGAUAUGCUACAAUACCGAUUUAAAGUUUAAACAAAACAAAAAAAAAGGAAAAAAAAACAUCAACACGAAUACGAUACACAUGAGUCGUUGGAUCGCUCGGAAUUCUCAGGUGAUGCAUGAGUUAAAAAAGAAAAUUUUUUUUCUUCAUUUUUUUCAAAAGUCUUGUUGAAAUAUCACUAAUAUACAAUUAUUUUGUAACGAAUAAGACACAAAAUACAGUAUUCUUUCUUUCCAAAAAAAAAAAAAUUAAUACAUUUUUCAGUAUUCUUUUUUUAAUUUUCAAGAAUUUUACCUAUUUUUUUUCGCGUGUAUUUCAAGAGAGACUUGAAGAAAAAAAAAAGAGAGUUUUCUCAGCCUCGUUAAAUGUUCGGUCUUGGCUCGACAUUCACGUUUUAGUGUUUGAUUCGACUGCGAUGAACAAUCACCGAGAUCGUUUCAGUUUUCGAUAUUGCGCAAAAUAUUAUUUUAUGAUAUUAAUAAUUCUAUUUGCUGCCUCUUUUUUUGGGGGGGGAGGGGAAAUUUAUGGCUGAGAAAUCGCGAUUUGUGGUCACUAAUUUUGCCAAAGCUCACGCAUCUCCUGUACUUCGAUCGCUCCGCGUAAUGUCAGAUAUAAUGCUACUUUUAUUAUUAUUAUUAUUAUUCAAAUAGAUAAGGCCUCAGUUUUUUUUUUUCUUUGACGAAAUAGGACGAGAUCUGCUUCGAUGCUCAUCAAAAUCUGGAUUUUUUUUUUUGAACAAUAAUUUUAUAUAUAAAAAGAAAAUUGAAAUUUUUGCAAAAAAAUAUUUAGUAAAAAAUUUUGUUUAAAUUUAAUUAAUUAAUUUACACUAAUUCCUGUAUUUUAAUUCUUACAUCAAAUAAUAUUGAAUUUUAAUUAAAUUGAAAAAAUAUGUAACAAAAAGCAAUUUUGAUGUUGUCAAUCGGAGCAGAGCGAACACACAAUAUCUCACAAGGAGUCACCAAUUAUUGUAAUCAUUGAAAAAAGCGAUAGUAAAUUAAAUUAAUCCGAGCACUUUUUAAAAAUAGUUUUCUAUCUCGUGCAAGGCAAUUUAAAAAAAAAUUCUUCUGUUUUGUUAAUAAAAAAAAAAAAAAAUUCAAAGAAAUUUAUAUACAUUUAUUUUUAUAACAAAAUUUAUUUAUAAUUUUUAUUAAUUUGCUUCAUUUCGAGUUCUCUUUUUUAAGAAAGAAAAGAAUAAAAAUUUAUUUUCAAAUAUCUAAUAUUGCACGAGGUAGUACUUUUUUUGAUAUUUGAAAAAAAAUCCACCGGGCAGUUUUACAGACUACACUACACUAUACAAUUUAUUAAGCUGCGCAAUUCGAGCGACACGAAAACAAAAAAAAAAUGCAAACCACAGAAGCAAAUAAUAAAAAAAAAUUAAUUAAUAAGAAAAAGAAAAGAAGCAAAAUAAAACGCUAAGCGCAUAGAAACAAAACGAUUUUCCAUCUUCGAAAUGUGUUCAAGCGCAUGCAAUAUUAGGUGAUGAAGAUUAAUUAUCAUUAUUAUUAUUAUUAUUAUAUUAUUAUUAUUAUUAUUAUUAUUAUUAUAUUAUUAUUAUAUUAUUAUUAUAAUUAUUAUUAUUAUUAUUAUCAUUAUUAUUAUCAUUAUUAUUAUUAUUAUUAUUAAUAUUAUUAUUAUUAUCAUAUUUAAAACUAAAAAAGAAAAAGAUAUGACAAGGAGGAAAAACGUGAUUUUUUAUUAAUUAGUGAAAAAAGGGAGGAAGACUAAAAAAAAGAGAGAGAAAGAGAGAGAGAGAAGAGCUGUUUUAAUCCAAUGGGUCCUGUGCAAGCCUCGGUUGAAUUUAAAUGUUAUCUAUCUUUAUUGUUAGAUUGAAUUUAAAUUAAAUCAAUGGAAUAUAUACGUAAGAAAUAAGUUCUUUGUAGGCGAGAUUCGUAGUCGACUUGAAUUAUUAUUAUUAUUAUUAUUAAUAUUAUUAUUAUUAUUGAAUAUCACAAUGUUUAAAUAGCAUGUUGAUAUUCAAAUCCUUGAGAUUUUUUGGGACAUUCGAGGACGAGUGGAUUUAUUUAUUUUUUCUUUUUUUUUUGUGCAAAUUUAGAAAAAAAAAGAUGACGUCCUCGGUCGUUGCGCCCGCCAUUUGAAACGGGUCUUCCUUUAUCAAAAUCUAAUGCUUUGCCUGUGGAAGGCCGGAUUUGCGAUGAGGCAGUUUAAUCUCAAAAUAUAUAUAUGAUCUCGAUAUUAAAAAAGCGAUCAAUUAUUAUUAUUAUUAUUAUUAAGUUUGUUAAACUUCCUAUUCUUCCGUAUAUAUAUAUUUUUUCAAAAUGUAUAUUUUUUUUGUAGAUAAAUUGUAUUUUUAUUAUUAAGGGUACAGCUUGAAUUUGAAAUUUGGAGAAAAAAAAAUUUCUUAUAUAGAAAUGGCAUGUGAAAAUGUGUUAGGUAAAACAAUGUGCCAGAUAAAUAAAUUUGUUGAUUCUUUUUUUUUUCUAGAUAUAGGCGAUUAUAGUCACUAUUUCUCAUAAGAGUGUUUUUUAUUCGAGACAUAAAUUGUUAGUUGAUUUAAAUUAUAGGUUGAAUGUAAAGAUUGAGGGGUGGGGGGGAGAGAAAGAAGAAGAUGAUGAUGAUGAUGAAAUUGGUCUAGUCUAAAAAGCAAAUGAUAUAGCAAAUGAGAUUUUUUUAUUAUGAAUAGGCGAUUAAACCAAAGGUCGAUAUUCAAGCUAUUGUAUAUUAUUUAAUGUGAAAAUUAGCGGAAAAGGGUUUUUUUUUUUUUGGGAAGAAUGGAAGUUUUGACAAAAAUUUUCCGGUCUGCCUCAGCGAAGCCUUAAAUUUCGGCCAAGCACGACUGGUUGAUAAAUUAUUAUUAUUAUUUUUUUUUAGCUAUUGCAAUCGUUUUUUCUCUUUUUCUAGGACGUAUUUGUAAUUAUUAGUGACAACGACUCGGUGAAAAAUUUGCCAGUCAAUUGUGAUUUCACGACGUGUUCCAAAAUUUCGAUGUCAAAUGCGUCUCUUCGCUGGUGAAGGCGCGUCGAAACUUUUUACGAUGUAAUUAUAUCCUACUGUUGAUAAGAAUCGGUGUGUCUAGUCCCUCGUGGUUUUUGAAUAAAUCGAAUUAGUGUCACUCUCGUCCCCCCACCCCUUAAAAAAAAUUCCCAUUAAUGAAUUUUUUAUUUUACUUUUUAAAAAAAAAAAAACAAAAAAACGAGUGACUCUUGAUAUCGUAAAUUUUCCAAACCACGAAGCGUCCAUUUUUGUUACUAGUAACCAAAAAAAAAACAAAACAAAAAAAAAAAAAAGAAUGAAAAAAAUGGUGAGAAAGCUAUAAAGAAAUCAAUGCACAGACCCGCAGACUGAUGGAUGUACCGUAAAUUUGAGAAUCAAAAUUCUUAUAGGUAUUUAAAACUCUUCCUCGAUGCGCAAAUGGUUUGCUGAUCGAAGAAGGGAUUGGGGGGGAAAAUAAUGUAUGAAAUGCGAGGACCUUAAAAAUAUCACAAUACAAGAUUAAAUUAUAUCUCAUAAUUAUUUUUCUUUUUGUAUAUAAUUUAAUGAUGAAGAAAAAUUUAUAAAAAAUUUUUUUUUUCCUUUUUAUUUAUCAAACGAGAAAAUUAAUGAAUCGAUUAUUCACUAAAUCAAGUAAUAAUUUAUUUAAUUAAAAUAAACUAUUAUUUGAUUUGUAAAGAAAAUUAUCGAUACAUUAAUUUGAAGAUAAAAUCAAAGGAACUAGCAAAAGGAUUUGAUUGUUUAUAUAUAUAAAUAUAUAUAUAGGUAAUGUGAAUAGAAUUUUUAAAAGAGAAUGAUUUAAUCUUGUAAUGUGAAAAAAAAACAGAGCGUGUCAUGUCGUUCGAGUCGACUGAUCAUCAUUGUAAUAUCAUCAUCAUCGAACUAUAACAAAUGUUUUUUUCACUAUCGUUGUGCGUACGAACGAAAGAAAGUAAAUUUUGAAGAAACUUUUUUCCAAAUAAUCGAUCGAUGUUUAGAGACAGUGUCGUUUAAAAAGUAGGUCGCUUCUACUAAAGUUUCAUCUGGACGAAAAAAAAAUAAAUAAAUAAAGUAAAAUAAAUAAAUUUUAUCGUAAAAUUCGAAUCUUUGCGCUCGUUUAACGGGCCAAAAUUGCAUCUGGAAAAAAAUGUUUUUCAAAUGGCAAUUUUUUUUGCCAUUUUUUUGUGUGAGAGAGAGAGAAAGAGAGAGAGAGGUGUGCAAUAUAUCGACGAACUGGAAAUUCAAUGGUAAAUAAAAGUUCAAGUUCGAAAAAAUAUAUAUAUAGCAAAAAAAAAGAAAAAUUUUUUUCGUCCCAAAGAAAAGAAAAAAAAAUGUUUUAUUCAAUUUGAACUUGGUUUUUUUUCCAAAAAGAAUUUCUGGUUCGAUUUUUAUUUCAUGAGAGAAUUUCCAGAUGCGCUGAGGCGCAACGAGAAUAAUUAAAAUAAUUAAAAAAAAAAAAAAAAAA